GGGCCACUGAAAAGGUUUCUUCUUCCAAACACUUCAUCAUUAUCACUUAACACAAGGAUGGAGAGGUUUGGCGCGAUGGUGGUUCCUCCUAUGCGUCGCCCAUGGAGACCGUAACCCCUAGACCCUUACCCUCCGCCGCGGUGACCUCCUCACCUCCCUCCUUCGCUCACCUCCUCCUCCUCACCGCCACCUCCGUCCCCCACCUCAAGCAACUCCACGCCCACCUCCUCCGCUCCGCCCUCGACCUCUCCCUCACCGCCCCCUUCCUCUCCAAGCUCCUCUCCCUCUCCCUCUCCUCCCCUUCCUCCUCCUCCUCCUCCUCCUCCUCCCUCGACUACGCCCUCUCCGUGUUCCUCCACUCCCCUGACCACCUCCACCCCCACCCCCGCCUCGCCAACCGCGUCCUCCGCGCAGCGCUCCGCGCCGCCGAGCCGCGCCGGGCCCUCCGCGCCUACGCCCGGUUCAGGCGAGCCGGCCUCGUCCCCGAUCGGUUCACCCUCCCCGCGGUUCUCCGGGCCGCAGCCCGGACCGGCGAUGACGCCGCGCGCGAGGCCCACGGGCUCGCUGCGAGGUUGGGGCUCGACUCCGACCCCUUCGUUCAGACCGCGCUGGUGGGCGCCCACGCCGCUCUCGGGCGCGUCGCGGACGCGCGAGGGGUGUUCGAUAGAAUGCCGCAGCGAGAUCUCGUCGCGUGGGGAGUUAUGCUUGAUGGGUAUUGUCAGAGCGGCCGCUACUCUGAGGCCCUGUUGCUGUUUGUAGAGAUGAGAAGCUCCGGAAUAGUACCCGAUCAGGUUAUCCUCGCCACCGUCCUCUCGGCGUGUGGACGAGCCAAAAAUUUGAUGUUCGGAAAGUCGCUUCACUGUUAUAUUCUACAAUCCGAUCCCUCAAUCGACACACACCUUCAGAGUGCGCUUAUCACAGUGUACUCCAAUUGUGGGUCCAUGGAAAUAGCCCAGAAAUUGUUUGAUGGGAUGUGUCCAAAGAACUUAGUUGCAUCAACUGCCAUGGUUUUCGGGUAUGCCAAGCUUGGCCAGAUUGAGAUUGCGCGGUCCAUAUUUGAUCAAAUGCCAAACAAGGACCUUGUCUCUUGGAGUGCUAUGAUAUCGGGUUACGCGGAAAGCGAUCGGCCCAGUGAAGCCCUAAAAUUGUUCAAUAUGAUGCAAGAAUCUGGUCUUAAGCCAGAUGAAAUCACUAUGUUGAGUGUCGUAUCAGCUUGUGCUAAUUUGGGUGCUCUUGAUCAAGCCAAAUGGAUUCAUAUUUAUGUCAAUAAGAAUGGGUUUCGUACUGUCUUGUCUGUGGGCAAUGCUCUGAUCGACAUGUUCUCUAAAUGCGGGAGCUUGGCUCAUGCACAAAAGAUAUUCAACGAAAUGCCUCGAAGGAAUGUGAUUACUUGGACGAGUAUGAUCACAGGCUUGGCUAUGCAUGGGGAUGGGAGAUCAGCAUUAGCCCUGUUCGAUCGCAUGAAAGUCGAAGGGGUUGAGCCUAAUAGUGUUACAUUUACUGGUUUGCUCUAUGCUUGCAGCCAUGCAGGCUUGGUCGAAGAGGGUAGAUUGGUAUUCAGAUCGAUGGCUCAAGAGCACAAUAUUGAGCCAAAGUAUGAGCAUUUUGGGUGUAUGGUGGAUCUCCUCGGUCGAGCUCGGCUUCUAGAAGAAGCACUUCAACUUAUAGAGUCGAUGCCUCUUCGACCAAAUGUCGUUGUCUGGGGGUCUCUAUUAGGGGCCUGUAGGGUCCAUGGAGAAGUUGAGAUCGGUGAAUUGGCUGCAAAAAGGCUUUUGGAACUUGACCCACGUCAUGAUGGGGCUUAUGUGCUUCUCUCGAAUCUCUAUGCUAAAGCUGGUAGGUGGGAUGAUGUUAGGGAAGUGAGGAAGCAGAUGAAAUCUAGGGGGGUCUUAAAGGAGAAAGGGUGUAGCUGGAUGGAGCUGAAUGGAAAAGUGCAUGAGUUUUUGAUGGGGGAUGUAUCUCAUCCUAGAAAUGAUGAAAUCUAUUUAAAAUUAAACGAGGUAGUCGAAGAAUUAGGAAAAAUGGGUUACUCUCCAAAUGUGGGGAGCGCAUUGGUUGAUUUGGAGGAAGAAGAGAAGAGGGGGGCCGUUCUUAUGCACAGUGAGAAAUUAGCUCUUUCUUUUGGGCUGAUCAAUUCGGCGCGGGGUUCUGUCAUUAGAAUAGCAAAGAAUCUAAGGGUUUGCGAAGAUUGCCACUCAUUCAUGAAGUCGGCGUCAAAGAUAUACGAAAGAGAGAUUGUUUUGAGAGAUAGAAGCCGCUUUCAUCGGUUCAAAGAUGGGGCUUGCUCUUGUGGAGAAUUUUGGUGAAUGAAUACAAGUAUUUAAGAAGGUAACUUGUAAUUUUGCAGAGCUAGAUAUCAAAUGUACAUGCAGUGUCUUACUGCUCCCUUGUCUUGGAUAUGCAUCUCAUUGCUCUAUGUUAUCCAGGACAAAUAUUAUUCAUGUAAAACAAUCAGGAAAUGCAUUUCUGUGCCUUUAAUACAGUGUUAUCAUCAACUAA